GACAACGUGUAAACGAAACUAAGUCAAUUAUUACUCAUUUACGUUAGAUAUUUUGUCAUAAUAUAUAGAUUACUUCUUCUCGAAACAAUGCCCUAUUCACAAUCGAAUUUGCGAUGUUAUUGAAGUGAUAUCAAGACAUGAUUAUCCAGAGAUGAUCUAUUAAGAGUUGGCUGACAAGUUAAACAAUGGCAGACACAAGUAGAUUUUCUCCACCCACAUCACCAACGUCUUCGAUUGGAUCAUCAUUUAGCCAGGAUAAUGAUGGAAACAGAUCAAGGCUUUCUAGACAGGAUUCAAAAAAUGAAAGUAGGCUUACAGCCUCAGCAAAGAGACAAAAAUAUCUUAAACGCUUGUUUAAAUUUCGUCAGAUGGACUUUGAAUAUGCAUUUUGGCAAAUGGUCUACUUGUUUGUAUCCCCACAAAAAGUGUAUAGAAACUUUCAGUAUAGAAAAUACACCAAAGAUCAGUGGGCCAGAGACGAUCCAGCAUUCCUGGUACUGUUGAGUUUUUGGUUGGUUGCAUCAUCCAUAGGAUUUGCACUGGUACUAGGACUGACCUUUGUGGGAUUCAUCAAGUUUAUACUGUGGGUUGUGUUUGUGGACUGUGUCGGAGUGGGUCUGCUUAUAGCAACAUUAUUCUGGUUUAUCACCAAUAAGUAUAUGAUUCUUGCCCCUCCCCGGGGACAAGAUGUGGAGUGGGCAUAUGCAUUUGACGUCCAUCUUAAUGCUUUCUUUCCUCUUCUAAUGAUACUUCACCUGUUCCAGCUGAUAUUCCUUGUCCCUUUAAUUUACCAGGACCAUUUUAUAGGAUUACUAAUUGGGAACACAUUCUGGCUGGUGGCCAUUUUUUAUUACGUCUACAUCACAUUUUUAGGCUACAGUGCCCUCCCGUUUUUGAGAAACACACGGACAUUGUUAUUCCCCCUGACAGGGGUAGUGCUAUUGUACAUUCUCUCACUUGUGAUUGGUUGGAACUUCAGUAGAGGCCUUUGUAACUUCUAUCACUACCGGGUCAAUUAGGCAGCACAACGCCACCUGGUGGAUAAUUGUGUACUGUAAAGUGUGUCACAUAGGUCAAACAGCGCCAUCUGGUGGAGUUUUAUGUAUACUGUGUGUCACAAAGGUCAGGCAGUGCCAUCUAGUGGAGUAUUGUGUAUAAUGUGUGUCACAAAGGCUGAACAUGUACAGCACCACCUGGUGGUACAUUUUGUAUACAGCAUGUCACAUAGGCUACACAGCGCCACCUGGUGGAGUAAUGUGCAAACAGUGUGUCACAGGUCAUACAGCACCACCUGGUGGAACAUUUUGUAAACAGUGUGUCAACCUAUUACAUUCAGUAGAUUACAUGAUACAUCGUAAAGGAAAGAGAGAAACAUUUUAUCCCCCCCAAAUUUCUCUUAGUUUGUAAACAAAGAUAGAAUUCAAAAAUAUUUAUUUUCCAGUGGUGUGUGAUAGCGAGAAUGUAUACUUUCAAUUUUAGUUUCGACAGCCUUUCCUUUAGAUAAAUGUAUGUAUAUGAAAGACUGCAAAAUAAUGAGUGUAAUAUUUUUGCAAGACUAAAAGCUUAUGGAAGAAAGAUUCAUAAAACAUUUUCAUAUUAUUUCUUGAAGCUUAUUAUGUGUUGCAUUGUUUUCAUAAAUUCAGUUUUAUAUAAGUGCCCCAUUUAGUUUAUAUCAACAUGUUAUUCCAUAUACCCUGUCUCCUUUGUCCGAACUGACAUGAUGAGAACAUAUAUAUAGUCUCCUCAUCACAAGCUCCAUAUUACAGCUUAUAUCACAUCGCUGUUGGACCAGUUUUCUCUUACCCUGUACAGGGAUAUUCACAACUUUACUGUUGUGAGAUAUUCUUAUUUUACUGAAGGGUUGAGACAAGCUACAUGUACACAUUCAUUUUGAACAUUCUCAACAAUUUUAUGACAUCAUGGGAACAAAACAAUUCAAUCAUAUCAUAUCGGAUCCACAAACCAAUAAUGUCAUGUCAAACUGUCUUUCAUUUUUAUAACAUUAUUAGAUACAUAUUAGGAUGUUAGCAGGGUAAGAGAAAAAUAAUCAUUCAUCCCUUGGGAGUGAGACGGGAUAUCAACCUUCGUGGUAAGAUUCUUAAGACCUCGUCUUUGGCAUCUUAAGAAUCUUCCUCCUCAUGUUGAUAUCUCCUUAUCUCACACUCAAGGGGAUGAACUAUUGUCAUAGUUUCUGACGAUCAGACAUCUUGAGAGAGAUUAGAAGACUUCUUUUCUGUCUAUGACAAAAUGUCAGUGUUGAUACUGCAUAUGCAUUUAUGACGUAAAUAAUUCUAUGACCCGUACAUGUGUGUACAUGUAUUAACUAAGUUUUCUGUUACUUCGAUUGUGAGACAUGAUUAUCAAAGUUAUACCAUGACUGUAGCUACAACAGUUAUCUACAUUUUUGUUUGUGAAACCUAAGUUUCAUGACAGGAAACUUUUGCACUCUGACAAAAAAAAAAAUGAAAAAUUCCAACCUAUUUUAGAUUAGCCCAGGCCAUACCUUGAGAGAAACUUUAAUGUUAUAUUUGCUAUGCUGAAUUUUAAUAGUACCAGUAGUGGUUUUAUAGACUUUGGACUUUGAGAUACGGAUAUAUCUGCAUUGUUUUGUGGGUUUCAUCAUUGCCUGUUUUAUGUUUGUUAGAUUUAAUCACAUUUGACCAUGCUAAUCAGUUUCCCAUUGCAAGUAGGUUUGGGUAGAAACAAUUAAUUAAACCUGUCAGAUAAUUUUUAAAUGUAACUCGGCAAAAGGCUCGUCAUAUAUCAAAUUCUUAAAUGAAUUUAAUGAAUCCCAUAUUGCAUUGACCCUUGGGUGACCUCCCCUGUUUACUAUUUAACAAUGCAAUAUUUUAUGUAAGAAUUGAUUAAAAUCUGAUAGCAGUCCGAGUUUCCUCUGACCCUGAAACCGGACUUGGACAUUCUGACGAGUUUCCUCUGACCCCGACACUGGACUUGGACAUUCUGACAGAUAGAUGUCUGGAUUAUGGCCCCUACCAGACAUCCAUCUGUCAGAAUGUCCAAGUCUGGUGUAAGGGUCAGAGGAAACUCUGGCUAUAAGUAUUAAAGAGAGAGAUUAAGUGUGUGUAGUUCUGUUGAGUGAUAGAUACAUAUUAUUGGUGAUUUGCUUGAUGUGAUAAAACAAUAGGCAUCAACACAUGUUGUGUGAUAUAUAUAGUACAUGUAGUAGUAUAUUCAAAGCAGAUUGUACAAUUUUCAUUUUGUGACAAAUUUCUCCAUACAACUCUUCAUAAAAGUCUUGAAAGUGUUUUGUCCAAAAUAAAUAUGAGUUCAUGAGUGGAUGAGAGACAUGAGAAUUUGUUACAGCGUAGAUGAUUUUUAACCCGCUAAAGUAUCUAAAAAUAUUCUCAUGAUAUAAGGAUAUUUUUAGAUUCAGUUAGAAUGUAAGAAAUAUUCUCAGGUCCCUGUGAGUUACAAGUGUACAGUGUCACAGUAACUGUGAAUAUAGAGAGUAUGUAAGAACCCAGAAUGAUGGCAUUUUAUAUCAUAAUUACCAGUUUGUAAUCCUUUGAUUGUAAAUCAUGACUGGACAAAAUUACAUGUAUAUUGUAAACAUCAGUUUUGUAAAUGUAUUCUUUCCCUGUAAACAGUUUGUAAAUAUGUAAAUUAGCAACAAUGUAAAGGAGGGUCAAUUCUUUAAUCAUUUCAAAUAAAACUGAAUUUAAAAAAGAC